CGUUGAAAGACAAAGACGUGAAGAAAGACGGAGAGAGAAGUGGAGCGAGGCACAGAGAGACAGAACGUGGAGAGAGGCAGAGAAGCGUGGAGAGACUAAGCAAGACACUAAGCAAGGGACGAGCAGGGUGUAAGACAAGGACAAGCCCGGCUGCCCCGGAGCCCCAGCCCCGCCUUCAUGCCCGGCAAGUGCCCCACCUGGCCCAUCCUCCCAGGUAAGCCUCAGCCCAAGCUGCAGGUGGUCUGAGUCACAGACCCCAAGUGACUCUUGAGGAGCUUCUGCAGACCAGAGGAUGGCCCAAGUCCUUCACGUGCCAGCUCCCUUCCCAGGGACCCCUGGUCCAGCCUCCCCACCCGCCUUCCCUGCCAGGGAGCCUGACCCACCGUACUCUGUGGAGACGCCCUAUGGCUACCGCCUCGACCUGGACUUUCUCAAGUAUGUGGAUGACAUCGAGAAAGGCCACACGCUUCGGCGCGUGGCCGUGCAGCGCCGGCCCCGCCUCAGCUCACUGCCCCGAGGUCCUGGCUCCUGGUGGACCUCCACCGAGUCUCUGUGCUCUAAUGCCAGCGGGGACAGCCGCCACUCGGCCUAUUCCUACUGCGGCCGCGGCUUCUACCCGCAGUACGGUGCCCUAGAGACCCGCGCCGGCUUCAACCCGCGCGUGGAGCGCACGCUGCUGGAUGCCCGACGCCGCCUGGAGGACCAGGCAGCUGCGCCCACCGGCCUGGGCUCCCUGACCCCCAGCGCAGCAGGCUCCACCAGCUCAUUGGUGGGCGUGGGGCUGCCACCCCCGACGCCACGGAGCUCAGGACUGUCCACACCCGUGCCUCCUAGCGCCGGGCACCUGGCCCACGUGCGGGAACAGAUGGCGGGUGCCCUGCGGAAGCUGCGGCAGCUGGAGGAGCAGGUGAAGCUGAUCCCCGUGCUCCAGGUGAAGCUAUCCGUGCUGCAGGAGGAGAAACGGCAGCUCACGGUGCAGCUCAAGAGCCAGAAAUUCCUGGGCCAUCCCACGGGGGCCCGGGGCCGCAGCGAGCUCUGCCUGGACCUCCCAGAGCCCCCCGAAGAUCCAGUGACGCUCGAGACCAGGAGCGUGGGCACCUGGGUCCGGGAGCGGGACUUGGGUGUGCCUGACGGGGAGGCUGCCCUCGCCGCUAAGGUCACGGUGCUGGAGACCCAGCUCAAGAAAGCGCUGCAGGAGUUGCAGGCGGCUCAGGCCCGGCACGCGGACCCCCAGCCCCAGGCCAGGCCACCACCAGACAGCCCGAUCCGAGUGGACACUGUCCGGGUGGUAGAGGGGCCGCGGGAGGUGGAGGUGGUGGCCAGCACGGCUGCCGGAACCCCUGCACAGCGGGCCCAGAGUCUGGAGCCCUAUGGAACAGGGCUGCGGUCCCUGGCACCGUCUGGAGGGGUGGAGAGCCCUGCCGUGUUCCGUAGCCACGAGCUCGUAGAGACCGCGUUCCCAACAUCUGCUGCGCCCGCCGGCAACGUUCACCUGGUGAAGAAGAUCAGCAUCACGGAGCGCAGCUGCAGUGACCCAGCAGGUCUCCCACAGGCCCCUGCGGAGUCACCCUCGUCUCCCCCAGGGGUGGCGGCCACGUCCCUGGCACAGCCUGAGAAGAAGGCAGGUGGAGCGCUCGCCGGCGAAGCUGCCCACUCGGAGCCCGCCAGGCAGGCAGCCUCGUGCGGGUCCGCGGAGGCGGGGGGCGCAGGCGAGCCCCCGGCUGGCGUGCGGUCCAUCAUGAAGCGCAAAGAGGAGCCCGCGGACCCCCCAGCCCACCGGAGGAGCCUGCAGUUUGUGGGGGUCAAUGGCGGAUACGAGUCCUCCUCUGAGGACUCCAGCACAGCAGAGAACUUCUCAGACAACGAGAGCACAGAGAACGAGGCCGCGGGACCAGAGGAGAGGGUUCCAAGUGUGACCGAAGCCCCCCAGCUCAGGCCCUCGGGGACAGCGGUGGCCAAGACCAGCCAGGAGGAGUGCCAGCCAUCUCGGGAGCCUCAGCAUGUGCUGGUGGAGGAGGGGGUGUCAGGAGCGAACGCAGAGGAGGAGAUCCGGAUGGAACUAAGCCCCGACCUCAUCUCAGCCUGCCUGGCCCUGGAAAAGUAUCUGGACAACCCCAAUGCCCUCAGUGAGAGGGAGCUGAAAGUGGCCUACACCACGGUGCUACAGGAGUGGCUGCGUCUGGCCUGCCGCAGCGACGCCCACCCUGAGCUUGUGCGGCGCCACCUGGUCACCUUCCGGGCCAUGUCGGCGCGGCUGUUGGACUACGUGGUCAACAUCGCCGACGGCAACGGCAACACCGCUCUACACUACUCCGUGUCCCACGCCAACUUCCCCGUGGUGCGGCAGCUGCUGGACAGCGGCGUCUGCCAGGUGGACAAGCAGAACCGCGCUGGCUACAGCCCCAUCAUGCUCACUGCCCUGGCCACUCUGAAGACCCAGGACGACCUCGAGACCGUGUUGCAGCUCUUCCGGCUCGGAGAUGUCAAUGCCAAAGCCAGCCAGGCGGGACAGACAGCCCUCAUGCUGGCGGUCAGCCACGGGCGGGUGGAUGUGGUCAAAGCCCUGCUGGCCUGUGAAGCGGACGUCAAUGUCCAGGAUGAUGACGGUUCCACGGCCCUGAUGUGCGCCUGUGAGCACGGCCACAAGGAGAUCACGGGGCUCCUGCUGGCUGUGCCCAGCUGCGACAUCUCGCUCACUGACCGCGACGGGAGCACAGCUUUGAUGGUGGCCUUGGACGCGGGGCAGAGUGAAAUUGCAUCCAUGCUCUACUCCCGCAUGAACAUCAAGUGCUCGUUUGCCCCGAUGUCAGAUGACGAAAGUCCUGCGUCAUCCUCUGCCGAAGAGUAGCCGGGAGGGAGGCCCGGGGGGGGGCCGGCCAGCCCCAGAGCGAACCAUCCCUCCUCCCUGGUUUCCUCCCUCCUCCCUCGCCGGCACCCCCCCCCCCAUACCCACCAAGGCCCGAGUCACAAAGGCAAGUGGGAUUUUCUUCUGCUUCCCAGGAGGAGCCCCCAACAGCAACAUGACUCCAGCUUUAUAGCGGGUUUUUCCUGGUACACCAGUUCAAAGCAGCCGCGGUGCAGACCGGAGCUAAAUUCUUACAUAAAUUGGCGCCAGCGGCCGAGGCCGGGGCGUGGGUUUAUGAAGAACGUUGAGAACAAUCAACUGACAAUUACGGACGGAGGAGGGCGAAAGGGAAAAAUACUGUAUUUUUGAAUCAUUGGGGGGGGGGGGGGCGGGAAUCGUAUUACUUGUUGCCAGAUCUGAAAGUCACUGGAAUCGCAUAGUUUCAUUUUAAUCCUGAAUGUUGUUACGCACGGGUCACGUCCGGAGUGGCUUAACGCCCCCCUCGCACGCCCCACAUUUAAUUGUCUGGUAUAUAAUAGUGUUUUGUCCACUACCCCCUGCCCCCCGCCCUGCCCUCCCCAGACAGCUUUCUUGGGGGGGAACUGUCUUCUGGUCUCUUCGCAAAACAGAUUCUGUCCUUGUCCCCCAGGGCAGGGAGCUCAAUCAUUUUUGUUCUGCUGUCUCGCUGCCACUGCCUGCGUCACCCCCAGUCAAGUGGGGGGGGGGGGGCGGCGGGUCGGCUCAGGACCCCGCAGCUGAGACAUCGAGAGAUCACCCAGAAAUCCGUCCCCUCCACGCGUGGAGGCUCUGGCAAAUAUUAAUUUUCCUAGAAAAUCCUUCAGACCUGGGGACUCAGGAAAUGAAUCCGGUUCCCAGAGCAGCUGUUUGAGUCCCCGGGCUUAGAACCCUGGUAGCGGGCUGUCCUCAUCCUCCCCAGACUCCACAAUUUCUCCCCGCAAAGGGGAAAAAAAAAAAAAGACAAAACAGGACAUGUACUUGCUGGCAGAACACAGGGCAAGCUCCAGAAACUCCAUGUGCACACAAUUAAAAGUUGGCUGCCCCCCUGAGGGCUCCUAGUGCAAACUUAAAGAGACAGGGCUUUGCCGAAAACCAAACAAGGGCCAGCUGGGGGGUUUUUUUUGUGUGUGUUUUUUGUUUUUUUUUUUUUCCCCCAACAACCUAUAGGCUUUCCGGAGCUGCCUGGAACAGAGCCUGCUGGAAAUAGGGCUCUCCAGACACACGCAGUUUCCUUCAUGGCCUGUUUUGUCCUCAGAAUCUCCACAUAGUUUUCUUUCCAGUUCCUUCCUUUUGUGAACAACAACAACAACAACAACAAAAGGGGGGGGUUCCGAGCCUUGAGAAGUUAAGUGCCUCAUGACAGGGAGUAAGAUCCCUGGCUGAUAGGUGUCCUGUCCUCUCUUGUCCGCUUCUGUCCGCUCGGCCCAUGAGCGCUCGCUCGUGGUCAUUCAGUAAAGCAGAGCGCUGGCUUCUCGCCUACAGAAGUAGGCUUCUUGGCUUGAUGGAAUCUGGCUUGCUUUGAUUUUGACUGAAGGGAGGUACCUAAGACAAAAGAGUUUGGAUGGUUGAAGGGGACACCGUAGAUUGUGCGUGUGUGCGUGCGCACGUGUGCACUGGAGAGAAAACAAAACCAAAGCCUACUGGGGACAACUGCUGGUGUCUGACAGAAGGCCACAACUUUGGGCAGCUUUGAGAAGCGGGACACAAGUUUUGUACCUGCGCGUCUGGCCCCGGAGCCAGCGGUAUGGUCAAGCAAAGCUCCUAGAAGCAGCUCAUCGACGCCGCUCCCCAGAUGAGUCCAUAUUUAUCCCUGCUUUCCCUUCUCCCCUCUCCCCCUACCCAUUGGGCUUGGUAUGCUAGGCUACAGGGUCAUCCCGCCUCUGUCCCCUGUUCUCCUGUCACGUGUAUUCAUGACCUUUAACUUCACUUCCUGACCACGGUACGUCCAUAAAGACAGUAUUACACUUAAAUGAAGUAUUCCUUUUUAUAAUCGUUUUUUAGAAGGUAAAGGAAUUUAAUAAAGCUACUUUAUGAUAAUAUCCAC